AUGAGUUCAGAAACCGCAAAGGAUGACUUGGUAGCAAAAAGAUCGCUAUCGGAUGUCACGACAACUGUCUCUGACGCAGUGAACGACGAGACGGAUUCUUCCAAGAAGCCCAAAUUGCAAGAUGAUGACAAAGAAAUACUUGAAGAUGCGCCCGCGGAUGAACUAGAGGAUAUUGUAGAAGAUUAUACACCAGAAACAAAUGGUAAGAAAGAAGAAGAUAAUGAUGAACCAUCUUCAUCGCAGUCAGAAAACCAGGCGGGAACUGGUGUGGACACACAAUAUGUACCCAAGGAGCCAAUCCCACCCAUCGAAAUUAGCCGCAACCCAAUCACUGGAAAAUAUAGAUUUCCUUUCAUUUCCAAAGAAGACUCACUCACAGCACGAUCCUAUUUAAAGUAUUACGGAUCAGGAAAAUUUCUGGAUAGCUAUCUGCCGGAGGAUUUGAACUCUUUGUACAUAUAUCAUCUGAUUAAAUUGCUCGGAUUUCAAAUCAAGGACAAGCAGCUUUUAGAAUCUGUGCAAGCAGUGGUAGAGAAUGAGAUUUAUCCAGAUGGCUCAUCUUUCAAAUCCGUACCGUUGGUGGAAAAAACUCCAGAUUCUGAUACCAGCGAUUACUUUGAUGACCCUUUAGAGAAGAGGCACGCUGUGCGUUUAAUUAAAGAUUUGCAAAAGGCUAUGAAUAAAGUGUUGAGCACUCGAAUGAGAUUGGCCAGCUUCCACACGUUGGAUGAUUUUUGCGACAGGUUGAAAACUGCCAAGAAGGUUCUGGUAUUAACAGGUGCAGGUAUUUCAACGUCGUUAGGUAUUCCUGAUUUUAGAUCUUCUGAAGGGUUUUACUCUAAAAUCAGACACUUGGGAUUAGAGGAUCCACAGGAUGUGUUCAAUUAUGAUAUUUUUAUGCAAGACCCUUCUGUGUUUUAUAAUAUAGCACAUAUGGUAUUACCACCCGAGCAUAUUUUCUCACCUUUGCAUAGUUUCAUUAGAAUGAUUCAGGAUAAGGGCAAGCUGUUAAGGAAUUACACGCAGAAUAUUGAUAACCUAGAAUCUUACGCUGGGAUACAGGCAGAAAAAAUGGUGCAGUGUCAUGGGUCUUUUGCGACUGCAUCGUGUGUCACUUGCCAUUGGAAAUUACCUGGUGAGAAAAUCUUUGAAAAUAUUAGAAAUUUAGAACUUCCCCUUUGUCCAUAUUGUUAUCACAAGAGGAAGGAGUAUUUUCCCACAGAUUCGUCCGAAUCGGCUGAACUGCAUUCAGAAAACGCAAACCCAGUGUUCCAUAUGUUGAAGUCAUAUGGGGUAUUGAAGCCAGAUAUAACCUUCUUCGGUGAAGCUCUACCAUCGAAAUUUCAUCGAUUUAUCCGCGAAGAUGUGCUGAAAUGCGACCUGCUCAUUUGCAUAGGUACCAGUUUGAAAGUAGCGCCGGUAUCUGAAAUUGUUAACAUGAUCCCGGCACACGUCCCUCAAGUACUAAUUAACAAAGAUCCUGUAAGACAUGCGGAAUUUGAUCUCUCACUACUUGGAUUUUGUGAUGAUGUAGCAGCCCUUGUCACACAAAAAUGUGGUUGGGAUAUGCCUCACUCGAAGUGGUCAGAACUCAAAGGGACAGAAUUUGAACUUGUAGAGCAAGAUAGAGGUGUAUAUCACAUUGAGGCCAGGAAGAAAAUUCCAGAGACUCAGUAA